AUGGAGUCUCUCAGGUCCCUCAGUAACAUCAGUGCCCUCCAUGAACUGCUCUGUCGCUAUAGCAACCUGUCUGGCACCCUAACAUGGAACCUUUCCAGCACCAAUGGCACCCACAACCUCACAACUGCCAACUGGCCCCCCUGGAACCUCAACUGCACCCCCAUAUUGGAUCGCAAGAAGCCCAGUCCCUCAGACCUGAACCUGUGGGUGCGGAUCGUGAUGUACAGCGUCAUCUUCCUGCUGAGCGUUUUCGGCAACACCCUGAUCAUUAUUGUGUUAGUGAUGAACAAACGUCUCCGCACCAUCACCAACUCCUUCCUCCUGUCUCUGGCCCUCAGUGACCUCAUGGUGGCCGUACUCUGCAUGCCCUUCACCCUCAUCCCCAACCUCAUGGAGAACUUCAUCUUCGGGGAGGUCAUAUGCCGGGCAGCCGCCUACUUCAUGGGCCUAUCUGUCAGCGUCUCCACAUUCAACCUUGUGGCCAUCUCCAUUGAGCGCUACAGUGCCAUCUGUAACCCACUGAAAUCCCGGGUCUGGCAGACUCGAUCCCACGCCUACCGGGUGAUUGCCGCUACCUGGGUCCUGUCCAGCAUUAUAAUGAUCCCGUAUCUGGUCUACAACAAGACCGUAACGUUUCCCAUGAAGGACCGGAGAGUCGGACACCAGUGUCGCCUGGUUUGGCCCAGUAAGCAGGUGCAGCAGGCAUGGUACGUCCUACUCCUUACUAUCCUCUUCUUCAUACCUGGGGUGGUGAUGAUCGUGGCCUAUGGACUUAUCUCCCGGGAGCUGUACAGGGGCAUCCAGUUUGAGAUGGACCUCAACAAAGAAGCAAAAGCUCACAAAAAUGGAGUCUCAACUCCAACCACCAUUCCGAGCGGUGAUGAGGGAGACGGCUGUUACAUUCAGGUCACCAAGAGGCGCAACACCAUGGAGAUGUCCACAUUGACUCCAAGUGUCUGCACCAAGAUGGAUCGAGCACGGAUCAACAACUCAGAAGCCAAACUCAUGGCUAAAAAGCGUGUGAUUCGAAUGCUUAUUGUCAUCGUGGCCAUGUUCUUCAUAUGCUGGAUGCCCAUUUUCGUAGCCAACACUUGGAAGGCCUUCGAUGAAUUAUCUGCUUUCAACACCCUGACGGGAGCACCCAUCUCUUUUAUCCACCUCCUGAGUUACACAUCAGCUUGCGUCAACCCUCUCAUCUACUGCUUCAUGAACAAGCGUUUCCGUAAGGCCUUUCUGGGCACGUUUUCCAGCUGUAUCAAGCCGUGCCGCAAUUUCCGUGAUACAGAUGAAGACAUUGCAGCCACAGGAGCAUCUCUCUCUAAAUUCAGUUAUACUACUGUUAGCAGCUUGGGCCCUGCUUGA